AAGUAGCGUUAAAUAACCCUCACUCUUCCCUCCAUAAGUACCUGACCUUCCUGCCCUCAUUCGUCUCCACAACCCACCAUUCUUACUUAGCUAUUUCUCUCUCUAAAUUCUCUCACUAGAAAAACAGAGAGAUUUUUAUUUUUGUUUUUAUUUUUAAAGAGAAAAAAAAUGGAAAUAUUCAGUAUUUUUAACAUUGUCUCAGUAAUUACAUUAUGGGUGUGUUCAACAUUGGUUGAUGCAAGAAUUCCUGGAAAUUACCAAGGUGGUUCUUGGCAAUCAGCUCAUGCUACUUUCUAUGGAGGUGCUGAUGCUUCUGGAACUAUGGGAGGAGCAUGUGGGUAUGGAAACCUGUACAGUCAAGGCUAUGGUGUGAACACAGCAGCGUUAAGUACAGCGCUAUUUAACAAUGGCCUUAGUUGUGGUGCUUGCUUCGAGCUCAAAUGCGCCAAUGACCCGCGUUGGUGCCAUCCAGGCAGCCCAUCUAUCCUAAUCACCGCCACCAAUUUUUGCCCACCAAACUUCGCUCUUCCCAACGACAAUGGCGGAUGGUGCAACCCUCCCCGCCCUCACUUCGACCUCGCCAUGCCUAUGUUCCUCAAGAUUGCUCAAUACCGCGCUGGAAUCGUCCCCGUUGCCUUCCGCAGGGUGCCAUGCCGUAAGCGAGGAGGAAUCAGGUUCACAAUUAACGGAUUCCGUUACUUCAACUUGGUAUUGAUCUCCAACGUUGCAGGUGCAGGGGAUAUUGUGAAGGUGUAUGUUAAAGGAUCUAAGACUAACUGGAUGUCAAUGAGCCGUAACUGGGGUCAGAAUUGGCAGUCAAAUGCUGUUUUGGUUGGUCAGUCACUUUCCUUUAGGGUCACAGGCAGUGAUAGGAGAACUUCCACCUCUUGGAAUAUUGUUCCUUCUAACUGGCAGUUUGGCCAAACUUUUACCGGCAAAAAUUUCAGGGUUUAAAAUCCAAAAAAAACACAAACUUACCCACUAAAAUUUGAAAAAUUUCCCGGCUUAAUUCAGUUUUUUCUUUUUUCUUUUUUUUUUUUUAUUUUUAGAUUAUAUAGUAGGUUGAAAUGUGGGAUGAUCAGAUAAGAUUUAAUCUCAAGAUCUCAUCUGAAAAGGCGGUAUUUGCUUCAAAUGAAACAAAAUUUGAAUCUUGGCUUAAUUUACUUCUUACUUUUAUUUUUCUAAGAAAAAACCUUGUUUUAUUGGUUUUUCUUUUCUUUUUUUUUCCCUAGAAUUGGAAAAAGUGGAAAAAAAUGAUGAAAGAAAAAAUGGGUUCAAGAAGAUUUUUUUCAAUCUGGGUUUGGAGGGAGGGGGUGAAUUUUAUUUUAAUUUAUUUUAUAUUUUAAAUUUGUGGGGUUUAAAAGUUUUGGGUUUGGAGGGAAAAUGGAAGUGUGAAAUAGUAAUUUUGGAGGGGUAUAGAGGGAAGGGCUGAAGAGGUUGCAGAAAGGUGUAGCCCGCAGCCUAAUUAUCGACGGAGGAUUAUAUUCUAAAUAUGGUAUAUGAAUAUGAUAAUAUUGUAGUAUUUUAAGUUUUAGUAUUACAUGAACUUUGUAUUGUGAAAUGUUUCACUGCUGGUAUUGUCAAAUGUAACUAUAAGAACUUUGUUUGCCUUUAAAUUCCUUUUCGGAUUUUACCUUCUCA